AUGCUUAUCACUGUGUCAGUUUGUGGAUUUCAAAUAGCAUUUUAAAAAUUUCUUUAAAAACAACUUUCUGUCCAUAGCUGGACUUUAAGCACCCCGAGGGCCUCCUGGCUUGCUUAAGUUAGAGGCCAAAAAUGUACAUAAUUGUCAAUCUUUAGCAAGACAGGGAGUUCUCUUCUAACCAAAGCCAGAAAUACUCCCUCUGGAGAAACCUCACAAACAAUGUGGAAAAAGCUUUUGAACUUUCCAUGGUACAAAGUUUAAACUGAGGACAAAACUGGAAUGAGUCAGUCUUGAGCAUUUUCUAAGCUGGGCUGCAUUUCCAUAGCUUUACAGAUACAGACAUCUGGUAGCAGCAUUUUCACUUGAAAAAAAAUUAAAUAGAGUAAAAGGACAUUUGUCUUGUACUUCACUAGCAUAAUUCAUUUUUCUUUAAACAUAAUACUCAUGAACGUAGUCAAAUAUUUUAAUGUGCAAAUCUCUCUGGAUCAACCCUAACCAUAUUUUUGGUGUAAUAAAAAUAGGCUAUAUUCCCAGAGAAGCAAAUGCAUAUCAUUUCAGACAGAUUUAGGGACGGCAAAAACAACUUUAGUUGAAGAGCCUGGAGGAAUCCCACAAUAUUAAACACAAUAUUAAACAGAAGUUUACACAAAGUAAUUGAGAAUACUUCUAAUUUAGCCCAACCCUUAUAAUCUCAGAUUAUAAUGAAAGGGUUUUUUUCUGUAAACACUACACCAUUAUGAUAUUCAGUGAUAAACCACCAAAUUAUUCUAUUACUUUAAUUUCAGCAAAAACUUUUAGGGCAACUCUACGAUGGCAUCAACAAGCACUAAGCGGGAUGGGAGGAGAUCCAGGGUACUGGGGAUUAGUUUCAGGGCUCUGAGCCUGAUUGCCCCGAGGGCUGUGUGCCACUUCAUGCUGUGAUAGGGAGAGUAUCAAGCUCUUGGCAUAGCAGAGAGCUGAAGCCUGGAUCCUGAAAACUGCUGAGGCUCCUCAGCUUGUCCUGGCCACAGAAGGACUUGACAAGACCCUGGGUCAUGUGCUCCCUGUGUGCUCCUCUGUCAUGGUGGCACUAGCAGAGCUAGUCAAUCUCUGCACCUUCCUAAUCACCUCUGCUGGGUGACCCUUUCCUCCUUUUGCAGAUACAGGAGCAGGGGAGGUAUGUGGGAGAUGAUCUGGGAGACGAUGACCCUUUUUGCACCUCAGGAAAAGAGCAUGCAUUCAAUAAAGGAGCACUUGCAUAGCCUUGUGGAUGUACUUUGUACAGUUUGUCCUGAUUAGAAAGGAAGUGAGUUUAACAGAGAAUCCAACUCAGACAAACAGUUCUCUAGUUUUAUUUGGGAAAGCUGCAAACCUGUUACAGUUCACUUGCUAGUAUGAAAAGCAAGCUUGAAAAAUGCCACUGUUGAGACCAGUGAAUAAUGGUUUAAGUGGAGUAAGAGCACUCAGGCUGGAGAACACAGUGGAGUGGUCUGGGGGGGAAGAGGGCAAAUGCUACAAGUCCCCAAGUUUGGAUUCUAAUUGUGAUGCUGAUGUGGACACACAUCUCUCUGACUGAGGCCUUAUACUCCCACCAACCUCAGGAGCAUGUGUAGCUUCCAAAGGCCUUCUGGCAGCAUUGAAAAACUGGGCCUGGAAUCCCAGGGACUUUUUUCCUGUUCUAAACUAUCUGAGGGUAAGAUAAGACUUUUUAUUUAAUUUCUAAGAUUAUUUUGUUCUGUGAAAUAAACUUCUCUAAUCUUGUUACCCUGCAUUCCACCCCCUCCCCGGGCUUCAAAGAUUAUUUUUUGGUUGCUUAUACAACCUUACUGCUGCAGUACAUGAAAUACACAACGCAUGGUAUAAAUGCAGCCAUUAUUACUGCUUAAUGAAAACAGAAAAGUUAUUCAUUGACCAACUUUUUUUAAAUUCUAAUAAACGUAUCAGAUCCAUAUCUAAGUGGUGACAAAAACUCUGACCUUGCAUAAAGUUUAUCCCACAACAUCCUCAUUGUGACUGGUAUUACUUUGAAGAUUUUUCAUGUGCAUUCUUUGCAAAGCCAUCUGGCCCACCAUUACCCAGUCACCAGUCAAGUCCUUUUCCAACAUUCACCGACACAGACAAGGAACUAGCUAUCUUGGAAAGAGCACGUUAGCAAAUGAAGAGCAACCAGAGACGAAAGAGGAGGAAGUCCCUUCCCCCUCAGUUUUGGCAACCACCAUGCUGGUCAGUUUGCUUUGUAUACCAUAUGUUGCUUUUUGUCGUGCUUUGUCCUUAUGCUGUCUGUUAAGGAACAAACUCUUUGGCAAUGAAUAGAGUCUUUACAUGCUUGGAAAACAUUUCUAGCAUGUUGUAGACACUACUGUAAUAUAAAUAGUCAUUGUCUUCCAGAGCUUCCUUACCACCACCACUCUUUUCUGCAGCUUUGUUGCUGGACCACAACCUUCAUUAAAUUGUUUGGUGCUGCUGGCAAAGUGCUGCAAUCAUAAAAUAUGGCACAUGCUUCAUAUACCUGAAGACGGAUUUUGUUGAACUCAGUAUUUCUGUUGACCACACUGGGGAACAGUCUGUCAAGACAACCUAAAGUAGCUCAGCACAUUAGCAAAACUAAAACUUAGUAAAAACUAAGACCAAGACCAUUAAUUGCAUCCCAAAUGACACGUGGAAUAGAGAGGGAAAGAACAAAAGACCUUUGAAGCCAAAUUAGCCCAAAAAUUAAUAACAUCAGGAUUUAGCCAGGCACCAUAUUUGUGCCUUGGUGCUUUUCUUACUUGUUUCGUAGCUGGACUAUUGAGUUUCAAGCCUGUGACCUUCAUCUCCACUGUUUGCUGAAGGAGUAUGCAACAAAUGUGAAAAGUCUUUAACUCUUCAGUUUCUUUGUGGCAGAACAUCAUUGUUUGCAUUUCUGAAGUUUUUGAAAAUAACAGCCUUGACUCUCUUCUCAUUUAGCCCAGUUUAGCAACGCUGCAAGUCCAAGGAAUUCAGUUGCAUUUAUAUCAGUUUAAAGCAAGCUGGAGAGAUGCCUAGCCGAGUAUUUCUGACCUACCUCAUCUACCUGUAGUUAAAGAACAACCCUCAUUAAACUUAGAUUAAAAAUCUGUCCACUUUAUGCUCUCGGCUUAAAACUUGUUUUUGACCCACUUUCUUCCGCCUCUACUGCUGUAUUUUCCUCUCUUCAAAAGCAAUAAACAGAGAAAUUACUAAUCUGCAACUCUAUUGGGUUUUAGUUCCCAGCUUUUCCAGUUCAUUUGGGGUUUUGUUUUUUGUUGUUUCUUUUUUUUUAAAUUCAGCCUUGGAGCUUGCUGAUCACAUUCACCUUGAAAUCUCAUCCUUUGGGCUUUCAUGACCUUGUCCUCUCAGUACUCCUUUUGCCUUUCUAAUAAUUCAUCCUGGUUUUCCUUCUCAUUUUCUGCCUGUACCACAGGCAUUUGUAGCCUUGGCACACUUUGUUUCUCCUUUUACAUCCUUCACAUAGCACAUGCAGUGCUUAAUAUUCCUCCAAGUCCUAUCGCUAUGUCAGUUUAUUUUAAAUCCAGUUCUACGUAGAGAUGAUAAGAACCAAACCAUUUUAACUGCGUACAUAAAGCCAUCUCGCUACAAGUAUAUUACAGUCCUAAGCCUCAUAACAGCCUGUGAGGAGCAAAAGGGUUACUAUUCCUCUUCUGCAGUGGCAAAUUAAAAACUGAUCUAUCCAAAAUCACACAAAACCCUGCUUCAGCCAAUGGGUUACCACCCAGAAGAUUGCUUCACCUUUCUACCCCCAGAUGUGUAUACUGGAUCAUGUAUUUGACACUCCCUGGACUUUAGAAUGGAUUUGCUUAACUUACAGGCAACUGCAGCCACUGCCUCUUGCCAGCGCAACCCACGGAGCAAACACUUGCUGUCUGUUCACCAAACAGCUCUCCAAGGGGGUGGGCAGAACCUUGCCUCAGCUUACCACACAGCUCCAAGGCACCGACCACCAUAUUGGGCUGUAUCGUGGCAAAUUGCACAAUACACUCCCCUUCCCUAACAUCUAUCACAAGCAAGCAAAACCAUGAUUUUGGGAUCAACCGGAGUUUACACAUCACCUCAGGGGAGUCCUCAUCCUCAUAUGGCUUCUGACAGCUGACGGGACUGCGCUGGGACCUUUGUCUCUCCACCAGCACUGCUCUGCCGAAACCAGCUCCCUUUUUCCUGUCAGGGGCUUUGCCAUGUUGAUCAUAGCCCUAGCUGCAAGUCCUGGCCUCUCCUCGUUUCAGUGGCCACAUCAUCUGCUCUUUCUUCCUCCUUUUUGCUUUUACUUUUUUAACUCGUCUGACUCUGGCCUUCAUUCCCGAGUUAGGUGGGACACAAGCAACAGGUUAUUUAUGAGGGAGCCAGGGCACGUCCCACUCUGCGAGCCAUCUGGCGGGGAUAUUUUGGGGCCUACGGGAGUGACAAAACCUGGCCCUCCACUGUGGCCGGGUGCCGCCGACACCCCCCCUGUAGCUCCAAGCCACACGCCUGUCUUCCAUGUCAGGCCGGCGCCCUCCUGCUCUUCGGUGCCGUGCCUCACCUGCGACGGGCCCGUAACCCUGCGCUCACCCGGGGGCAGCUCAACACUGGCGACGGCCAAGGGUCAAGGGCACCCACGGACAAGGGCACCCACGGACUAGGGACCCACGGCCCGCGCGGGGACGCCGGGGAUGUCCUGGGCAGCCGAGAUCGAUGACCCCCUACUCCCCUCUGCUAGCAAGGCUGCUCCCCGUCCCUGGCGGCGUGGGUCUGCGGCAGCCGGGGAGACCGCACUGCUCGGGGGCUGCUUCCGCCCGCCGAGCCGGGGUCGCCCCGGUAGAAGCCGCCCGGCCACAGCUCGAAGCCUGCCUGUGCGCUCGGCGCCGACCCCGCGCUUGCGGCGGUGCAGUGAGGCCAACCGGCCCCUCUGCACGGCGCGGCCUCCCCCGGCUCGACUCGGCCCGCCGCGGCCCGGCCCCGCCCGCCUGGAGGCGCGGCCCCGCCCGCCUGACGCGCCGCCGGCGCUGGCGGGCUGGAAGUGGCGUACGUGCAAAGCGGGACGCGAGAGUGGCACCUCCUCCUGGCCCCGACACAGCAGCGGAGGCGCGGCGGGGAGAGGCGGCGGCCGCGCCGGCCCGCGCACUGGGCUUAGAGGCCGGCGGGGAGCGGAAGGCAGGCCCCCCCACCGCGCCAGCCGGCUGCCCGCCGCCGCCGCUCUCCCCCCCAUCAGGCCGCGCCGCCGCCGCCGGGGCGGCGAUGAGGCGGCGCUAGCGGCGUUAGAGGCGCAGGGAGGGCGGCGCGGGCCCCCGCGGCAACCCCGCGCCCGGCCGCCCCGAAGGAGGCCGCGGGCCGGCGGAGGCGGAGGGCGGCGGGGGCCGCGGCGGAGCCGGGCGGCCAUGAUGCAGUGAGCGCUCCCUCCCCGCGCGGCCGGGCGGGGGCCCGCGUUAGCGCUGCUCCCGCCCGCCUCCUUACAUAACCCCUCGGCGGCGGAGCGGGGCUGCGGCGGCACCACCAGCGCCAUGGCGAAUGACAGCGGCGGCGGCGCCGGCCAGGGCGGCGGCGAGAGCAGCAGCAGCAGCGGCGGCAGCGGCAGUAGCAGCAGCAGCGAGCGGGACCGGCAGUACUGCGAGCUGUGCGGGAAGAUGGAGAACCUGCUGCGGUGCGGGCGCUGCCGCAGCUCUUUCUACUGCAGCAAGGAGCACCAGCGCCAGGACUGGAAGAAGCACAAGCUCAUCUGCCGCGGCGGAGGCACAGCGGCGGCCGCAGCAGGGGGCGCUGCCGAGCCCCGCGGCGGGCACCCCCCGCCGACCCGCGCCCACAGCGCCGGGGCCGCGGCGGGAGGCGGCAGCCGGGCGGGGGCCGGGGCCGCGGCGGGGAAGGGCGCAGCGCCGCCGCCCCCGGAGGCCUCCGCUGAGGCCGCCCCGCUGGCCAACAACCACGUCGCCGCCGCCGCAGCCGCCGGCGGUGAGGCGGAAGCCCCGGCCGCGGCCCAGUCCCCGUCGCCCUCCGGGGACGCGGUGCUGCUGUACCGGGACAAGUCGAACCUGUACCCGGGCGGCGUGCAGGCGGGGCCCGGCGGGGCCGCGCUGCGCCCCAAUGGGCAGACGAAGUCGCUGGUGCCGCAGCGGCUGGCGCUGGAGUACAUCGUGCCCUGCAUGAACAAGCACGGCAUCUGCGUGGUGGACGACUUCCUCGGCAAGGAGCUGGGCGGGCUGGUGGCCGAGGAGGUGCGGGCCCUGCACCACACCGGCCGCUUCACCGACGGGCAGCUCGUCAGCCAGAAGAGCGACUCCUCCAAGGACAUCCGCGGCGACAAGAUCACCUGGGUGGAGGGCAAGGAACCGGGCUGCCAGGCCAUCCGUCUCCUCAUGAACAGCAUGGACGAUCUCAUCCGACACUGCAACGGCAAGCUGGGCAACUACAAAAUCAACGGCAGGACGAAAGCUAUGGUGGCUUGUUAUCCAGGCAAUGGAACAGGAUACGUGCGCCAUGUUGAUAAUCCAAAUGGAGAUGGAAGAUGUGUUACGUGUAUAUAUUAUCUUAAUAAAGACUGGGAUGCCAAGGUAAGUGGAGGCAUCCUCCGGAUAUUUCCAGAAGGUAAAGCCCAAUUCGCUGAUAUUGAACCCAAAUUUGAUAGACUGCUAUUCUUCUGGUCUGAUCGCCGCAACCCUCAUGAAGUACAGCCAGCAUAUGCUACAAGGUACGCAAUAACAGUGUGGUAUUUCGAUGCAGAUGAAAGAGCACGAGCUAAAGUAAAAUAUCUAACAGGUGAAAAAGGUGUGAGGGUUGAACUUAAUAAACCUUCUGACUCAGUUGGGAAAGACGUUUUAUAAGCCUUUGAUUUAGCAACUCCCCUUGCUAUUCUCCCUGAUAAAUCUUGAUGCUAUCUAUUAACUUUUGAAUGUGAAUAACAAGAUAAAGGAAAAUCAACAACAAACCAACAUUUUAAUAAAGAAGCAAACAGUGUUUCAAUGUUGCAUCAAAUAGAAGGUUCUUUGACUGCUGAAGCAUUGUACUAUGUGAUUGUGACUCCAGGCCUGUGACUGCUUAUGUGAAGAAGAUAAGCAAUCAGUAAGAAACAGCAUAUGCAUCUGGACAUAAAUAAGUGCCCUACAUAGAAUUUGUCCAUCCUUAUAUUUUGCCAGACCUGUCAUCCAGCUGAAUCCAAUUCAUCUCUCCCUUUUUUUAUAUGCUAAAAGUUUGAAUUUUGGGUAAUUUUUGUAUGACCAGGUACAGUUAAUCAAAAUUGAGUCUUAAAAAAAAAAAAAGAAAAACUAAAAAAAAAAAAAAAAAAAAAAAAAAAAAGAAAAAAAUUACAGUAUUCUCCAAAAUAACAUGGAUCUAUUUUUGUAAAACUGUUCAUACUGUUCUCCUCUGCCAUGAAAGACCUAAUUUAAUGUAAGGCUUGCCAGUAACUGAUAAUCACUUUAAUUUUCUUUACACCUUAAGUCAGAAAAGGAGCACUUUAAUUACCAGCUAAAAACCUGAUUGUUUUAUAUCAUAUCUCACACUAAUCUUAACUUUUAAAGAUUGCUGCUGUAUUGUUUUGUUUGGUUUUUUUGGUUUUUUUUUUUGACUAUGUCCUCUUGAACCUUAUUAACAGAAGCAAAUCAGUAUCUCGCUAUUAGUAGCAUUCAGUUUGUGGUUUUGUAUGUUGAAUCCACAGAGGGGAAGUUUCUGUCUCUUCUUUGUUUUAGUUUAGUUUAGGGGAUUUUUUGUUUUGUUUGUUUGCUUGGGGGGGGUUUGUGUUUCGUUUUGUUCUGGUUUUUUUUUAAUUAAUUGUUUUAUUUUAUUUUGCGGGUUUGUUUUUUCUUCUUUUUUUUUUUUUAAGUGACUGGCACUAAGUGAACUUGACACUAUCGGUUGCUGUCAUUGGCUUUGGGGACCUGGUAAAUACCAUCGAAUUACAAGAACAUACAAGGGCUUUCCUAGGCUAUUAGAGGUACCCAGAACCUCCUUAUGUACUUGACGGAAAUCUUUGAGCUUUCUCCAUUUUCUAACGAAUACUUGCCACUCCCCUGUCCUUUGUAUAUAAGUUAAUAGAAUAUCAAAAAACUCACUUUUUAAUUUCCUUUUCAAGCGUUGGUGUCCCGUGCAGUCUGUAAGUUGACACCUUGAUCUAUUAUAUAGUAUCAAGGAGAUGGUCACAUCUGAAGAUGGUCACACACUUCGGCACACUGAAGCCGAAGUGCAUCACUGUAGGCUCCUUGUGCAGUACAUCUUUAGGUUUUCACUGGGCUGAAGGAUUUCCCCAAAAAGGCACUGCCCUUUGAUCAAUACCGAGGUAUAUAUUUAGUAAGAAAACAUUUACUUUCUUUUACAUUGUUUUCAUUUUAUCAAGGAGAGGGGACAUCACAGAAUAAAAGUGAGAUGUGCAGAAACUUUGAUACUCUUUAUUUUUGAGAAAUGGAUGGUUUAGACACUGAUCUCUUUUUAUUAUUAUUAUUAUUUUUCUUCUUCUUUCUUUUUUUUUCCCUGAGCUUUAAAAGCUUGAGAAAACAGAAGCAAACCUAUAAGAGACAGCAUUCACAUUUUCAGGAGUUUGAGGGUUGAUCAACAUACCCACUGCAGUUUUCUAUCUGUCCCUUAUUUCCUUACUUAGCCAAAACAAUGUGAGUGUACAGAAAUAUUUCUGUAUAUAUUACAACUUGUGACAAUUUUAGCAUCUGUAUAGUUUGUAUUCAAUUAGAGACCUUUUCUAUGGAAAGCUCAGUAAUUUUUUAUUAAAAACAUUACUAUUGUUCAUGUAAAACAUGAAAAAGCUAAUUGUUUAGUAACAAACUGACAGAAGGGGGAAAAAAUCAGUAUUGGUAUAUCAUUUAGGAGAACCAACAGAAAUCCCAGUUUUGUUUUGAUUUCGCUUUUCCUUUUUUUUUUUUAGUAUAUUCUUGCCCUUUACAGUUCUCUUCCUCUUUCCUCUUUUCUUCCCAGAAAACCAGACAGGAUACCUUUACUGUAAGUGCCUCUGCCAACCUGGCCAAGGAGUGCAAAUCUUCAUUACUGUCUGGUCUGCAGUGCAUUUAGACCAAUGAGACAAGCAAAAAAGCCACAUCUUCUAAUUCACCUUCUUUAGUACUACUUCUACGGAGGUUUGUUUGGUUUUGUUUUAGAAAUGUAAGCAUAAGCCUUUAAAUUCAUUUCAGUCCCUCUGUAAUUCAAAGUUCUGCAGUUACAUGGCGUAUCAAAUUCUAAUCACACUGUAGGUUUGUGCUUGCCGGACAGGUUUAAAAAGUGCUUAUUUUUUCACUCCAUGUAAGUCAUUACAAUAGGGUCAACAAAUCAGGUCAGCCAUUUCUUCCAUGUCCUUUAGAAACUGUUCAUUUCAUGUCGGUUGAAUAUUCAGUCUUGAGCAUCACCAAGCAGGUCCUUGUUCUAAAACUAUUUUUUAAACUGUCUUAUGAUCUGUAUGUGUCUAGUCCUGGUUAAAGAUAAAGCUUCAUAAUGCUAUUUUUAUUCAUGAUGUUAGCUGGCUGUGAAAUACGAGACCUUUAUCUAUAGCAGGCAAAGAAAUUCAGGAUUCAUUUACAGGUUGCCUAUAAAGUUGUGUAAUUUGAAAAGCAGUGUUCAUUAUGAAAGAGCUCUCAAGUUGCUUGUAAAGCUAAUCUAAUUAAAAAAAAGAUGAUGUAUAAAGGUUCUUGAAAACUA